CCCGUGCGUUUACGAUGUUACCAUAACGAUACGCCAGUCACUUCACGCCGGCUGCGCCAAGGGGCGCUGGCUUCAGUUUGUUGUGUUUGUUAGCGAAAUGUAAGCCUAACUACGGGAGGAUGUUACUUUUGCCCCCGCAAGAAGUUUUGUUAUCGUAAAUACGGACCGUGGCAAGUCUGGUUACAAGGUUCCAGGGAUGACCGCUCGCAUGUCUGAAGCGGGCUCCGACGCCGAAGUGAGCUCGGAUUCGGACAUCAGUUAUGACGACUACUACAACUGCCCAGAGGACGGGGAAAUCGAUCAGCAGGACCAGAAGAAGCAGGAUCCCGAGUACUUUGAGUUUGAGUGCCUAUCCAUCGAGGACGUUGAGCGACUGCUCAACGAAUCCGUCGAGUCCAUAUGUGCUAGCCUCAGCGUGAUGCCCUCGCUGGCAAAGGUAUUGCUCCACACCCACAAUUGGAACGCGCAAGAGAUCAUCCAAAAGUACAAGCAGAAUGCAGCGCAAGCUCUGGCAGAUGCGAGGAUCAAGCCACUGCGAUCCGCAGCCGUAGAAAUGCAGGCAAUAAGGAAGAACCCGUCAGUCCAGUGUCCCAUCUGCUUGCAGAAUUUUUCUGGCGAGAGGUUUAGGGGUCUGGCGUGUGGCCACUACUUCUGCGCAGAUUGCUGGGCCAUGCACUUUGAAAUACAAAUCCUGCAGGGCAUCUCUACAGCCAUCGAGUGCAUGGCACAGUUCUGCAACAUUCUGGUGCCAGAAGACUUUGUCCUGAGCCUGCUGAGCAAAUCGGUGCUGCGCGAGAAGUACCAACAGUUUAUGUUCUCCGACUAUGUGCGGAGUCAUCCCGAGCUGCGUUUCUGCCCUGGUCCCAACUGCAACGUCAUUGUCCGAGCCAAAGAAAACAAGAGUAAGAGGGUGGUCUGCAAAAACUGCAAGACGACAUUCUGCUUUAGGUGCGGGGGCAACUACCAUGCGCCGGCAGACUGUGAUACGAUCAAGAAGUGGAUCACAAAGUGUGCCGACGAUUCUGAGACUGCCAACUACAUCUCUGCUCACACGAAGGAUUGUCCAAGGUGCCACAUAUGUAUAGAAAAAAAUGGGGGUUGUAACCAUAUGCAAUGUUACAGUUGUAAAUAUGAUUUUUGUUGGAUGUGCCUCGGAGACUGGAGGACACAUGGUAGCGAAUAUUACGAAUGUAGCCGGUAUAAGGAGAACCCCAACAUAGCCAACGAAUCCGCCCAUGCGCAAGCAAGGGAAGCUCUGAAGAAGUACCUCUUCUACUUCGAAAGGUGGGAGAAUCAUGCCAAGAGCCUCCGCCUGGAGGAGAUGACGCUGAGCGCCAUCAAGAACCGCAUCAAUGCCAAGGUGAUGGCGAACGAGGGAACGUGGAUUGAUUGGCAGUACCUGCUUGAUGCGGUCGCUCUCUUGGCCAAGUGCCGUUACACCUUACAGUAUACAUACCCUUAUGCCUACUACAUGGAACCUGGGCCUAGGAAAGAACUGUUUGAAUACCAGCAAGCAACGCUGGAAGCAGAAAUAGAGAAUCUCUCUUGGAAGGUGGAACGCGCAGAGACGACAGACAGAGGGGAGCUAGAGAACCAGAUGGAUGUCGCCGAGAAGAGGCGUUCAAUUCUCCUCAAGGACUUCCUUGUCUAGCAGGCCAGAAGGCUCUAGUCACCUGUGCGCUGACACAUGACUGUCGUAUCGGCACACCUGAAAAAAGCGGAACACCGACGCCGUCGUGCCGGGAAUUUACUGAAGAUGCUCGACGCGGGACCCCCGCUACUAAUCAGUGGGCGCCCUACCUCAUCGUCAUCCCGUCUUUCACGUUUUGCAGUCGUGGGCGUACAUUCGGGGCGCGAAACUACAAUUAGGGAUUGCUCAUCCUCCCGAAUGGUAAAUUGUCUUUGACAGAAUGAAAAAUGCAGGAGGCUUUACACAUACACACACACAUAUACACACACUUGCAGCAUUUUGUUGGAUAGAGUAAGAAAGCUCAAUUCGCAGUGACAGUUACAAAGCGUUCCAGCAUGAUUUUUAAAAAAAUGAGUCUAGCGAGAGUUGAGAGAGCCACGGAGCAAGAAAUGUUUAGGAGUUUUAACUCGGCUAUUUGCGGCGACCAGAUAAUGUCACGCUCCCGCAGAGACUCAUCACGCUAGCAGCAUGUGCCGGCCAACAUGGAAAUUGUUGAGUUCGGUUGCCAAGGAAACCAGUCGUGCAUUGCUCUUGUACAACCGCAGACACUGAGCAUGGCCGCACAGUGCGUUCAGCUGUGUGCAUUUUCUUUCUCCGAGGCCGCAGGCCUGACAAGUUCUACUGACCCCUCCUACCCUCUAAAAGACACCAACAAGAACUUUCGCUGCUUGACUUCAGCUCAGCAGCACAAAAAAAAACAACAACAACAACAAAAUAUUAGCAUGCCACUGGUGCCUCCUUUGGCCCAUGCUAUUUUUGUGACAUUAUCUGGUCGCCCACACGCGCCUGUACUGAUGGGAGUUUCGUGUCCUAAAUAUUCUUGAUGCGUGGCGAGGGCAUUUUUGUCAGGUUUCUGGGCAUUGUGUGCUGCUUGGAAACGUUCCCGGCAACGCGAUCUACUUGAAGGCUGUGUUGUUGAUCGGUUGCAUUUAUCAUUAAUUCCCAAUUCUGCAUGGCUUUACAGGUUAAUUGAUAUGGCCUGUUUGCUAUGAAGUAAUGGUACUGUUGCGAUUGUGUUCCUGUUCGUUCAUUGUCAGUGGUCCAAUCGAUGCUUCACCCAUGUUAUCAACACGAUUGGCUGUCUGUGAACGGUGGACGAUAAGAAAAGAGUAAGACUUGAGCAUGAGUAAUAUUUUUUGUUAGACAGUCAAAUCUGGAUAUAACAAAGUUAUCUUUGCAGCAGAAAGCCUUGUUAUAUAGUCGGACCUGAAUAUACCAGUCAGUAAAAUCAGAAACUUACUUCGUUAUAUCGAAAUUUUGUAGUAUACAUAUUCAGCAUUUAUGCAAAGUGCGGUUGCCAACAUAUUCUCUCUUUUACGCGUAAUGUGCUGGAAAAAUGUUUGGCCACACUGCGAGUUGAGGAGUGCAGUUCAUUUUUCCACGACAAAGUGAUAGUAGAGUAGUACGUUCGAUUCCUUUUGCUCUACGGUGUUUUUUUACUGACUGCCAGCAACAUUUCUAUGUGAAAGGUAGCCGCAAAAGAUGCGCUCAAUUAAUGUUUGCCGAUUUUCUAUUUGUCAUAGAGGAAGGUGUGCGUAUGCAGUGCGCAAAAUUUUUGUUAGAUCAAAAUGACGGCUCGAAGUUACUUUGCGAUAUUGCGAAAGAGAAAUUAUGGUUUUCAGUGCACCUAAGAUUGGAAAGGUAAGAUAGUUUGUUACAUCAUGAAUUUCGUACAGUCGAGGUUUGUUAUAUCAAAAUGUGACUGUAGCAACUCUUAUAUUGUUAAUCAUGAGUCAAAAAAGAGCAGAGGGCAGGUGGUCGCAGACAGAAAUAAGGCACAGUGAGUGUGUAGUUUCUCGUCCUAUUUUUAGUUGAGGAUGCUGCUGCGGUUGAAAAAGACCACAAGGUUCAUAGACCUGCAAUAUCUUUGUGCUGAACUCCUGCUCAUGCAAAGUCCAUGAUUUUCGCAAGUUUCUUGCCCUUCUAACAUGGCAAUGGUAUGCUUCUUGGACUGAUGACAUGACUGGCAGCCGGUUGAUGCGCUCUGCUACAGCUAGAGGCAGGCCUCAAAGGUUCAUUGCUUUCCACUCAACUUGGUCCUGGAAAUUUGCGUGUGCACCUUUUCUUAAUGGCAAAAGUAAAAUUUUGACCGGUUUAGUUGGUUGCUGGCACUUCAGGUGUUGUCUCCGUAAAAUCAAGCAAUCGAGAACACAGCCUUCGGGGUUCAUGCUCUCUGUGAUCGAAAAUCAUUGCUGGAACGCUGAAUAGAGAUUGCUGUACCGCAGAAGUGACCUCCAAGAAUGCAUUCGACUGAAGAUACAAACUCUAGCUCUCUUUAUAAUAGGAUCAUCACCGCAGAGAGUAAAAAUUAUUGGCUGUGAGCUACACUUGCAUUGCCAAUCGAGAAAUUAGGUCUUCUUAUAAGUGUCUUCUCCAACUAAGUGUUGCACUAUACUCGCAGACAACUUCUAAUGGCAGUGAAGGGACAGCUACAGGGGCAGAGCUUCUGCACGUGUGCUCCUAUGCGAAGUAGUCUAGUCUGGCACACGCUUCGUUCAGCAUCGGAAAGUGAUGGCUUCGCGGCAUAAGCGUUGCAUGGCACUUGAUUUGUCUGGUUUAACGACCAAUUGUAGGUGAAAUUUGUCGCGAGUUAGGCGGAAGAAUUGGAAGGAGGUGGACGCUCGCCUGAAGACGCCGACUGCGCUUACCGUUUGAGGAGCACGUGAAAGGCAUGACUUUCUUAUGCGUGCAAAAACGCGAAAUGACAACGUCUUAUGUUUAAAGAAAUGUAAUAUCUCACUGGUGCGUGCGCUGCAUCCUGUCUCAAAGCUUUUUGUACAAAAUGAGGGAUUUUUGCUUCAUUUCUCGCGUACAAAACGCGGACGCAGUUGUGGAACAACAUUCAUUAGCGGUAGCGUUUGCGCAAUUCGGCUCUGUAGCCUUUGCGUCAUUGCCAAGAAAUGUUGUACGCGAGUAUAGAGCAGCAGGCUGCAUUAAAAGUUACGUGUUGAAGGCAUGUCGCGAAAAAUGUGUAGGAACGGGAAGUUCCCGUCUUUGCACUGCCUGUUGUCGCUAAAUGACUGCGCUGGCAGACUGAAGCCUUUUGCACCCUGGCAUUAUCUGAUGACUGCACAGAAACACUCAGCUGGCAUAGUUGCUAAUGUACUCGAUUUGCGCCCUCAUGCUGACCCCUCCAUGCUUGUUUUCUUGAUAAUGCUUUCUGUACGGAGAGAGUUCAGCAGUAGGUGAGAGAUAAGCAGUCAAUAUGGCUAGUACAAAAGUUGUGGCUAAUAAGAUGGUCCACAUUUCAACAAUGGUCACGUUGUCCAGGUUCAGUGCAUGCUUGCCGAUGAUGUCCCAGCCACCCUUUCCUUAAACAAGACAUUUAGAAUACAGGCAAUGUUACAAGUAGUGCAUGCUUUGGGCACUUGAUGCGACAUAGCACCGUGGAAGUAGUCGUAGUUUGCUGCACUGAUUUGUGCUGCUUACCAUACUUAAAGUCGUAAUGUUAAUGUUUUGCUGCCAUUAGUUCUUUAGUCGCGUGACAGCCUUGCAUAUGUUAUCUACACCUUAGAGCGCGUGAAUCUGGUGCCGUUCACCUAACAGUUAACGGGAAAAAAAGCCUUCGUUAUGAUGCAAACGUAAGAUAUAGCGCUGUCACUGGAUUCAGCAUGACAAGGUCAUCAUAAGGUUUACUUCGCGAUAAAAAUGCAGUACUGUCUCUGGCUGCAGGUAUCAUACCUUUUUUUUUUCACUUGCACAAAGCAUGCAAAUAAUGAAGCUGCGAGCUGCUAGAAGUAAGACGCAUGCUAUUCGUGGCCCCCAGAGUUGCCUUAUUAGGUGCCGUUUCUUAUGUUUGGGGGUCAACAGUUAAUUACUCGUGGGACAGCCUGUCAGAAAUUCAAGUGUUGGUAUUGUGUACGAAUGAGUUCACUCAGAGCCACAGACCUGUUUCACUUUUGAACUUGUUUCUUGUCAGUGUCAAUUUUAUAUGCGACAACUCUGUCAUCGUGAAAUGCUUUGCCAUGCGUCUAGGCUCUCUCAUCGGGCAGUGCGCAUCAGUGGCGUAUGUUUUCCGACUGCUCAUGACAAACCUGCGUUAACUAUCUCAAGGACAUCUGGGGUUUGCAAAGAGCAAUCUGAAAGGUGCUACUUCAGUAACUCUUCCCGUACAGAAGGUCUCAUUUUUCCAAUGAUUUGCGAUGUGAGAACUUUCCUGUUGCUGAUGUUACCAUGACAACAAACGAGGUGUACCGUUUUUUAAGUUUUGUGUUUUGCUGUGCCGCCCCCUCCCUCCUCUAUGCUUUCUCUUGAUGUAACAAUACCAUCUAUACAGUUGCUACGACAACCGAACUUGUUGCUUCAAGUUUGCGUUAUGAGCUACAAGACAUUGUCUGUAUGUGCUUCUUGAUAUGCGUCACUGCAACAUUGACGCUCGACUAUGAAAUAACGAGGGCGUGUUUGUUUUUUUGUGAGCUGUUUGCCUUUCUAGGUGUUGAAUAAACAAGUUGCUAAUAACCUAAUCUGCAAAGCCACUGAAAUAAAUAAUUGGCAUUCAGUGUGCACAGGUUAUCAAAUAGUCUAACUUCCUUUUGCCAAUCAUCUAUGCGCUCCAACUGUUUACGCCUUUGAACUUACACUUCUCUUUUCGUGAUGUUGCACCGUUGCCUGCUGCACGUCGACAUGAGUGGGCAGGAGAUAACCGAUUACCACUAGCAAUUAAAGAUAACGAGUAAAGCAAUAGCGUUGUGCCAGUGGACGGUUGUUGUUUGGAUGAAGGCAGCGCCUUUGUUGGAGGUGCCUUUUUGUGAGUAUAGCGAAGAGAAUUAAUAAUGUGACAAGCCCCUUUUGGUUACAGAUUACCUCAGUCGGGCACGACAUUAAGGUUGCUGGUCAUUUGAGAGGCAUACUUCUCCGCAUUAAUGAAAAUGCUGUUCCGAUGAUCCGGUGCAGGUGCAGUUAGAUCUUGGUGUAAUGAAUUAUUGGAUAUAGCAAAGUACCUCUAUAAAAUCUUUCUCGCCAAUAUUAGCAUUUAAUAUGUAUGCUUACAACGAACGUCGGCAUGACGAAUGUAUUUUCAUUGUGGCUUGCAACUUUCUCAUAACAAGAUGUGUCUAUUGCAUUUUGUGACUGUGCGAGUUCACAACCUUGAGCACGCAAUCCUUUGCGAGGCAAAGGCAUCCCACACUGUGCUGCGCGAGAUGGAACUUGUUUGAAAUUGUAGCUUUGUUGUGAAGUUGCACGUCUGCAUUAGAUCGGUUCACUGACCGAACAUACGAUCCCAAACUUGGAACGACCAAAUAGUCACCUUUUAAAAAAAAUAGUUUUCAUAUUGACUAGGGAAACGAGCUUUAGAAGCUGUGGAAAAGAGUGGGUGUGGGUCGAAAAAAGUGUGAAAUGUGAAUCUUCUGCAUGACAUGUUUAUACAACUUUCGCGAGCUUUUUUAGUGACGACAUUUAUGAGCGAACUCUGUGAAAGUGACGGCGGAAAGUUGUGCCAACGUGAACGAAUAUGUGCGAGCUGUUUGUAGGGCUUUUUUUGUACGUGUGUGUGUACUGUUCCGACGGCCAAGCCCGAAUCGCUGCGUCGAGCGCCGUUUCUCAGAGAUGGGUAUUUGUUUGAAAUACUGUUGAAAAAUGGUGUGCUACCCCUGUUAUGGAUUGAGCUGGCAUUUUGAGAAACCCUUUUGUUUUGUCUAAGUGAUCUCGUUGCACUUUUUUUUUAUGUACAGUUCUAUAUAUUAUACAUAGGUGGUACUAUACAUAAUUACAAAUUAAAAGAAAGUUGCUUCUUGUACAA